AUUGUGUUGACUCCGUCUUAUUGCGCAGACGCGUCGUCGUACUAUAUUGGGUAAAAGGACACAUGUUCAUGAAUCUGAUUUAUUCACGGGUAAAAAUAUCAAUAGAAUAUGUCGUCUUUGUACAAACCAUUUUCUGUUUCGGAGUGGCCGUGUAAAGAUGCGGUUUUGAAACGAGGAUGCACAUCGCAACAGCAUCCCGCGGCGUUGACCCGGAUUCCCUCCGCACCAUGUUAUGGAGCUGGCUGGGGCUCGACGCGGACUUUUACCCCAGUUCCCAACAUUUAUCCAGGUCAAAGAAAUUUAGCGGCCGCCGCCAUCGGAGGGAGAAGAAAUACCCAUCCGUGGAAAGCUAUCUUGGCAGGUGGCAUUGCAGGUGGCAUUGAGAUCUGCAUCACCUUCCCUACGGAGUACGUGAAGACCCAGCUACAACUAGAUGAAAGAGCAAACCCUCCUCGGUAUAGAGGCAUAGGAGACUGUGUGAAGCUGACGGUGCAAGAUCAUGGAUUGAGAGGUCUGUACAGAGGGCUUAGCUCGUUGCUCUAUGGAUCCAUCCCCAAAUCGGCAGUACGGUUUGGAAUGUUUGAGGUCCUUAGUAACCCGAUGAGAGAUGCCACGGGUCGACUGGACAAUAAAGGAAGUUUGCUGUGUGGGCUCGGAGCAGGAAUAGCUGAGGCAGUGUUAGUGGUCUGCCCAAUGGAGACAGUGAAGGUAAAGUUCAUUCAUGACCAGUGCUCUCUGAGGCCACGCUACAGAGGGUUCUUCCAUGGUGUGCGAGAAAUUAUCAGAGAUCAAGGUUUUCGAGGGACAUAUCAAGGACUGACUGCUACACUUCUGAAACAGGGUAGCAACCAGGCUAUACGAUUUUAUGUAAUGAACUUGUUGCGCAACUGGUACAAAGGUGAUGAUCCUGCUCGUGACAUGCAUCCAUUGGUUACAGCAUUGUUUGGUGCAACAGCCGGGGCGGCGAGUGUUUUUGGGAACACGCCGCUUGAUGUGGUGAAGACUAGAAUGCAGGGUUUGGAGGCUCAUCGCUACAAGAGCACAAUGGACUGCGCUUUCCAGAUCCUGAAGAACGAGGGCCCUCAAGCGUUCUACAAAGGCACAGUCCCACGACUGGGCCGGGUGUGUCUGGAUGUAGCCAUUGUCUUUGUUCUCUACGAGGAGAUUGUGAAGCUACUGAACAACAUCUGGAGAACAGACUGAAGAUGGACUAGGCCAAAGUCUGCACAGAACUGAUUUAGAACGAGACAGAGUGGACUAUCCAAACACAGUUGGCCACGUCAAUCAAGUUGAAUGAUCCUGACUCCAACCGUGACCUUUGGCCCGGAGGAAUGGAUUAAACUAGCCAUCUGUGUCUGUAUAGUUCAGCAGGAGAUGUUGAAGACAGGCGCUUGAGUCAUGGGAAGGAAACUCUUGCUUGUAUUACGCACAAUGAAAAGUGUAUAAUUAAUUUACACUCUUCACUUUUGUAAAGUCAUGCAAGUGUCUUUUCAUCAUCACGCUUUUAUACAGAGUGUUGCGAGACAAUCCUCUUAUGUGGCAUGAAAAAAUGUAAUAGCACAGACAAGUUAAAGGUACACAAACAUAUUGGUAACACGUUAAAAUAAGGUUGUGUAUGUUAACGCAAUAGUUAAAGGAAUAGUUCACCCAAAAAUGAAAAAUUCUCUCAUCAUUUACUCACCCUUAUGCCAUCUCAGAUGUGUAUGACUUUCUUCUGCAGAACAGAAACAAAGAUUUUAGAAGAAUAUCUCAGCUCUGUAGGUCCAUACAAUGCAAGUGAAUGGUGAACAGACCUUUGAAACUCCAAAAAUCACAUAAAGGCAACAUAAAAGUAAUCCAUAUGACACCAGUGGUUACAUUUGUCUUCAGAAGCGAUAUGAUAGAUAUGGGUGAGAAACAGAUCGAUAUUUAAGUCCUUUUUUUUUUUUUUUUUUUACUAUAAAUUCUCCUCCCUGCCAAUAGGUGGUGAUAUGCAUGAAGAAUGAACCAGAAGAACACUUAGGGGAGAAGAGUGCUUAACUGGAGUCUUAUGGAUUACUUUUAUGAUGAUGCUUUUGGAGCUUCAAGGUCUGGCCACCAUUCACUUGCAUUGUAUGGACCUACAGAAUUGAAUUAUUCUACAAAUCUUAAUUUGUGUUCAGCUGAGGAAAUUUAUACACAUCUGGGAUGGCAUGAGGGUGAGUAAAUGAUGAGAGAAUUGUCAUGUUUGGGUGAACUAAUGAAUGAAAAAUUCAGCAUUUAUUAAUGUGGUUAAUUUCUACAUACUAAAAACAUUUUCUACAUUAAAAGUCAGUGCAUUCUGAACCAACAAUAAACAAUAGCACAUUUAGAAAAGAACAUUAACAAGUGAAGCAACAACAUUGUUCAUUGUUAGUUCAUGAUACCUAAUGCAUUAACUAAUGUUAUGCACAUUAGUAUUAUCCAGGUAAUACACAUUUUCCUUUGUCCCAGUUUACAUGUACAGUUAAUGCUUUAGUUACACUAAAAAUAGUACAGAAAAUGGUUUAAAUGUAUUUUGUGGCUUUGUAAAAAUUCAAAUGGAUCUAGCUGUUUUCAUGCAACACAAAACUGGUUAAAGCCCAGACAUUUGUGUUGAAAAAACUUGCAUGCUUGAAUGAUAUUGUCUGGUAUUGUCACAUACAAAUCCAGGCCAUUCAAGCCUUCUAAAGCCAUCUGUCUAUCUCAAUUACUGAAGUCACUGAAACAUGCCAAAGUGGGGACAGCUGAACCAUUGCUGCUUUUUGCUAUUUGUAAUUGUAAUUUUUUUUUUUUUUUUUUAUAAGCAGAAAGCUGCUUUUAGUUGCACUGUUUUUAUAUUGAACUUUGUCGUUAACCUGAGUGUCUCCUAAAGGUUACCCAUUCUGCCAAAGCAACUCAUGCUAGUUAUGCUAUUGUUUUGUGUCAGAUAUGUAACCUGUGCUUCUUCAAAACACUCAAACAGAUUGCUGAAUUCACAAAUUCAGUAAACUAAAUAGGUAAAAUUUUCUGUCCAUGUGA